GAGCGAGAGGUGGAGGUGGAAGGGGAGGAAGAGGUGAUUUCGGUGUACGUCGAGAGCUCGGAGAGCCUCCAGCCGUCGACCAGUCAGGAACUUGUUGAACGGGUUUCGGAGCUGCAGGAAACCUCGGUCGAGAUGACGACAUCGUCUGCGGAGGCAGAGCGAGGCGGUGGGGAAGAGGAGGAGAGGCAGAGUUUGGAAAAGGAGCGGUUGUUGCUGAAGUUGACAAAGACUCUCUGAACCAGAUUCAGAAACAAGUUGAACAGUGAGACAAGUUACUGUUCCCGAGAGUUUACAAGCUGGUCUGGAAACAGGUUAUUAUACACAAUCCCUCUCUUCAGUCUGCGUUUCUUUGGCCCACCCUGAUUAGCUGCUUUUGUCAUACCUGCUGGCUCUUUUUUUAGUACUGCGCUUUCAGCCCAUACAUGGAGGUGAAACUUGGUACACAUGGUGUUAGUAU